AUGCAUCAAGUAGCACUCCAUUCCGCGGCGGCGCCAUUGGGAUCUAUUUCAUAUUCAGAGACCCCUGCGACAGCCCCUCCGCCCCAGAAACAGCAUCGAGCAAUUCCGUUGCCGGGUUCGAUACCACAGCCUGUGUACAACGAACAACUGAAUCUAAACUACGAGCUUCGUGUGCGACAACAACCCAUCGCUGCGCGAGCAUGUGGGUUCGGAGAACGCGACCGCAGGGUGAUUGACCCUCCGCCAAUCAUCCAGCUACUAGUAACGGAUCCGAAGACCGGUGCUGCUGAACAAGAAGAGCUUCGUUACUCGCUCAACGUGGUUCAUUGCACGCUCUGGAACGCAGAAGGAACGAACGAAGAGACGGCACUCAUACAGCCUGACCGACGAACAACGCGACGACUAAUGGGCCAGCUCGUAGCUUCUCCGUCUGUAGCAAAGGAUGAGCAUGACGCCGAGGGUUGCUUUUUCUGCUUUCCAGACCUCUCUUGCCGUACCCAUGGCAAGUACCGACUCCGGUUCGUCCUUAUGCGCAUCGAUCCUAUGAACCUCCACGUGGGAGGGUUCUCGCCCAUACUCACCGAGGUCUUGAGCGAUGUCUUCACAGUCUACACAGCCAAAGACUUUCCGGGUAUGCGGCCAAGCAGCGCGCUCACCCGGGCAUUGAAGUUACAAGGAUGCAAUAUCCAAGUGAAGAAGGGCAACGAGAAGGCACUGGCACGCAAACGACUCACCGCGAGCCAAGAACACGACAAUACGGAAGACGACGAGCUGAAGCGACGGCGUAGAGAAUGA